ACUUCAGAGUUGCUCUGUUUUCCUCCAUUUCUCGAUUGGGGUUAGGUUCUGCGAGGAAGAAGAAGAGGAAGGAGAAGAAAAAUUAAGAAGGGAACAGGAAAAAUGGGGUUCUCAAUGCAGCCAUACGGGAUUCAGGAUAUGCUGACAGAAGGGCACAAGCAUCUUUCUGGUCUUGAGGAGGCAAUUCUGAAGAACAUUGAUGCCUGCAAGGAGCUCUCUGCUAUCACACACACUUCUCUAGGCCCUAACGAUACUUCUUUCCCUAAGGGUUCCGUAAUUUUCCUUGUAAUCUCUUUGAACUCAGGUACGAAUAAGAUGGUUAUAAAUCAUUUGGACAAGCUGUUUGUCACAAAUGAUGCUGCUACUAUUGUAAAUGAGCUUGAGGUUCAACGCCCUGCUGCCAAGAUAUUGGUUCUGGCAGGGAAGGCUCAACAGCAAGAAAUUGGUGAUGGUGCUAAUUUGACUAUUUCGUUUGCUGGAGAGCUCCUCCAAAAUGCAGAGGAGCUAAUUAGGACUGGCCUGCACCCAAGUGAGAUCAUCAGUGGAUAUACCAAAGUUAUAAACAAGACUGUUGAGAUUUUAGGUGAGCUAGUAGAGAAAGGUUCAGAAAGUAUGGAUGUCAGGGUUAAGGAGCAAGUUAUCACUAGAAUGAAAGCUGCUGUUGCUAGCAAGCAAUUUGGACAAGAUGUAGCUGUGUUUGUUACAGGUGUUGAUACCUCAGCCACUGAAACAAAAGGAACUGUCUUAAUCCAUAGUGCUGAACAGCUACAGAAUUAUGCAAAAACUGAGGAAGCUAAGGUUGAGGAGCUCAUCAAAGCAGUGGCUGAUUCUGGUGCCAAAAUUAUUGUUAGUGGGGAAGCAGUUGGUGAAAUGGCAUUGCAUUUCUCUCAAACUCAAAGUUUGAACUGCGAUAAUUUUGCCACACAACUGGUGCUAUUGCUCUUCCAGCCAAAGCCAGAUGACCUGGGAUAUGUUGAUUCAGUUUCGGUUGAGAAAAUUGGUGGAGUUCAGGUCACUAUUUUACGAGUGAAUAAGGUGGAAACAGAGUUUCUACUCUGGUUCUUCAAGGAACUACUGAUAGUCUAUUAGAUCAUCUUAAGAGAGCCGUUGAUGAUGGAGUGAAUAUGUAUAAGGUGAUUCUGUUUAAUAAUUUUUUUCUUCUUUUUCUUCCGACCAGUUUGUAGUAUUUCAUCUCCAUAAACCUUGUGAUGUUUCGUUUUUUUUGGCCUUUGGAAUGGUUAAUUGUGUUCUUGUUAGAUGCGAAUUUCAUUGGCAGCUGUAUAAUUGCUUGCUCUAUACCGUUCUUUUUCCUUUGGGUGGUCAGGCAAUGUGCAGAGAUAGUCGUAUGGUACCUGGAGUUGUAGCUACUGAAAUUGAGUUGAAGAGUUUUCGUAUAAAGAAAUAGGGUAAUACUUG